GCGAUGCGUCGUCCGAUGCAGCUGCACUACAGAGAGAGAACACCGAAACACGCUUCCUCCCACCCCGACCCUGACCACCGUUCAAACUGCUGGACGACUACCUGCGACUCGAGCGCCACGAUCGAGAGCGCGGAGAACGAGGAGAAUCGAAGCAAAGCAAUGGAAAGAUGCUUUCUUUUGAACGCUCAAGUUAGAAAUCGGAGGGACAGAGGAGAGGCAGCAGGCAGCAGGCAGGCAGGCAGCUUUCUCCGCGGCAAGAAAGCGACGAUAUCCGGUGACCGGCCUCCUCCUGUUUCGGUGUGCACCGACACACUGCCAUUUUUCACGGUCAAGUACCGCCGAUGCUUUCGUUCGAUCGAGUUUCCUCGCUGUCUCUGACCUACUCUUCCCUCGGCCUUCUUCACGCCGGCCACUUCACUUCCAGAGUUCUCCACUUCUCAUGAGCGGCUCAUAAAAAUAUGGUGUAUAAGUGCAAUAAGUCAUUGGCCUCGUUCUUACCUCUCUCUUUGAUGGGAAUAUUGAGCAGUGGUUCGGUUUUUCUUUCCAAAUUUUUGGACAGUAAUUUUAAAAAAAUAUUCUAAUUUGUCUUUCCUCUUCGCUAUAAUGAAUAAAACAAUGGGAUGGUUAAGAUUUUUUGA